CGCUCUCUCAACGUGUGUGUGUGUGUUUGUGUGUGCGUUACAACUAGGGGUUAAAAAUCCAGAGACUGAAACAAUAAAAUUACUAAACGAUCGCUUACACGCACAGCACGCUAGAGUGAGAGUGAGAGCGAGCACAGGCAAGUGCGCGAGUGAGCGAAAUAGCAAGCGAGAGAGAGGCAGAGGCAGAGGCGGCAGACAGAAGGCAGCAGGCAGAGGACGACAGUCAGUCAGUUGGCAUCGCGAGGACUUUGAGCCUGUUAACAGAAAACAUUUGAAUUUAAAUGCGAAUCGUUGAUCAAACGGUGCAGACGUCUCGGUCGCAGCCACCUGAGCAACUUUACCGUUACUUGCCACGUCGUCGUUAGCUCGUCAAAUUGCAAAUAGCAAAGUGAACAAAAAUUCUAAAAACAAAACCUAAACAAUUUUGCAUUUAUUUCAAAUUUAAAUUGCGCGCAUAUAAAGUGAACAGUUUUUGUGUGUAAACCAAAUUUCGUAGUGUUUGUUUCGUGUGUGUUUUUGCGCCAUGUCUUCCUCUGAGGCUGAAGUCGAUAUCAGUGUGGUCUCGAGUCCCGAGCCAAGUCCGUUUGGUGCCGCCGGCAUGAGCAAUGGCCGCGAGACGCCAUCGGCGCGCUCCAUUGACGGCAGCUCGCCACCGGCAACGCCAACGCAUCGCUCCACGCCCACCACUGCCGCCGGCACGCCCACAUCAUCCACAUCGACGUUGGCCGCGGCGCCGCCGCACUACAGCCACAACCAUCAUCACAGCCCCAACGGAGCGGGCUCGGUGCCGCCGGCGGUGCUGCAUCAUCAUCUGCAACAUCAUCUCAGCUCGCUCAGCGGUCAUCCGGUCGCCUUGCAUCAUGCUCUCCACAGUUUCGGCCAUUUGCACCCGGCACAUGGAGCACCGCAUCCGGCGUUGCUGCAACAUGCUGUGGCACCCACAGCACAUCUUAGCGAACGCCUUGGAUCGCCGCCACACUUGGCAUCCAAAUCGCCGGACUUGGAGCGCAAUGGCAGCAAUGCGGGCGAUGAGCACAGCAGCCUGAACAACAACAACAACAGCAAGACGCUGAAUCACAACAGCACAUGUGCCUCGGCAGCAGCAGCGGCCGCGGUGGCAGCAGCCGCAGCUUCGGUGGGAGCCAAUAGCAAUGACAGCACUGCGAGCAGCAAUGGCAACAAGGCCACAACGGGCUCCAAUGGCUUCACUAGCUUCUCCAUCUCCAGCAUUCUCAGUCGCAGUGAGCCGGCGAAAAAGAAUGGCGCCACAGCGCUGAUUACGCCCAUUCCUCAGCUGCCGCAGCCCGGAGUAGGCGUGGGCGCUGGCGGGCCACAGGAUGCAGCCAUGCUCUCAAGAUUGGGUUUCAUCUCACAGUGGGGCGCUCUCGCUGGACGUUAUGCGGCUCUCUGUCCACCUGGCUGGCCCUGGGCACCGCAGCGUAUGCCCUUCCAUAGUCCCACACAUGACAGUUCCUCGACAAACACCACAGAAAAUCCACCAUCGCCCACCUCUCUGAGUCCCAGCAGUGGCAACAACAACAACAACAACAGCAGCAGCAACAACAACAACAACAGCAGCACUGCCAAUGCCAACAGCAGCAGCAUUUCAGGCAAUGGCCAUGCCAACAAGUCACCACCACAUCAUCCGCUCUAUCAGCAACAACAGCAGCAUCAACAGCAGCAACAGCAUCCACUUGCUGGCCAACAGCAUCCACAACAGCAUCCACAUCAGCCCAGCACGCCCACAAGCAGCGCCGGCGGACUCUCAGCGCAUCAUGGCCAUCAUUUGGGCAGCUCGCAUCCGAGUGCCGCUUACAUGCUGCCCACCAGCAGCAAUGAGUCGGACGAUGAGGGCGAGGAGAUCAUCGAGGAGGAUGACGGCACCGAUGGCCCUUCGGAUAGCUCGUCGCCGCACGGCGAUGGCAGCAAUUCGAAGCGCAAGAAGAAGACGCGCACCGUCUUCUCGCGUGCUCAGGUCUUUCAGCUGGAAUCCACCUUCGAUCUGAAGCGUUAUCUCAGCUCAUCGGAGCGCGCUGGCCUUGCGGCUUCGCUGCGUCUCACCGAGACCCAGGUGAAGAUCUGGUUUCAGAAUCGUCGCAACAAAUGGAAGCGUCAGCUGGCCGCUGAACUAGAGGCAGCCAACAUGGCGAACAUGGCGCAUGCCGCACAGCGUUUGGUGCGUGUUCCGGUGUUGUAUCACGACGGCACCACCGCUGGCUUUGUGCCACCACCGCCACCGCAUCACCAUCCGAUGCAGUACUAUGCGGCGGCAGCGGCACGCAACACCAGUCCACCACGACCGCCGCUGUCGUCGCUGGUAUAG